AUGAAAAUCAGCCCUAGUGACGGCGUUGCUGCGCAGCGCAUCAUGCACAACCAUGCGUUCGUCGCGGAGCGGGAAAGAACACGAGCAGCCCUUCUCAUCCGCCGUGAGAGCUCUAGUGCUCGACAGGAUAGAAUCCGGCCGUCCGUGAUCUUCAUCCGGGACAGGAAUUCUCACGGGCAGGAGAUCUCGGGGUACAUCGACUACGCCCACAGGCUGAAGAUAGAGGACUUCGAAGUCUACUUCAGCGGGAAGAGCAGGAUCCUCCCGAGGACCACCGAUCUCAGCUUUUACAACUGGGACAAUCACACCGCCGUUUGCAACUCAAGUCCCAAUUUUCAAGUGAUCACCGACAAUCCGGAAGGCUUGCUUUUCAAAUACAAAAGGGACCGGAAAAUUCUCAACGUGGACUCAAAGCCCGCUCACCCGGCGCCCUCCGCCCACCCCGACUUGGAGUUGCGCCACUCGGGCUCCGUCUCCGGCGGCGUCGUGCCCCGGGUGGUCGCCUGCGCAGCCGGCGGGGACGAGCACCUCGCCAUGGCCGGGGCGCGCCGGCCUGCUCCGUCUGUGGCUGGGCUGCUUCUGCCUGAGCUGGCGCAGGGGGAGAGGCCGAAGCAGCAGCAGCAGCAGCAGCAGCAGCAGGGGGGUGGCCCGAGCCCGGAGGAGCUCCGGCCACGGGACGGGGCGUCGGAGCACAUGCUGCGACUCUACGACAGGUACAGCGGCGCCCAGGUGGCGCGGAGUCUGGGGCCCACGCGCGCCCGGGCCCCGCGCGAAGGCAACACGGUGCGCAGCUUCCGAGGCAAGGCGACAGGAACCCCUGAGAGCCAGGGGCUGCACGUUUUCAAUCUGACUUCCCUGAGCAAGUCGGAAAGCAUUCUGUCCGCUACGCUGCACCUGCCCUUCGGGGAGCUGGCCACCGCCAGCCCGAGCUGCCCAGCGUCCCCGGGGUGCCCCCAUCAGAUAGGCAUCUCCGCGUGGACCCUCACGCCCGGCAGAAACCAAAGCCGGCUCCUGGGCCACCUGUCCAUUGACCCGGCCAGGCCCCCUGGAGACGCCGCAGCCUGGCUGUCUAAAGACGUCACGCAGCUCUUAAGGAAGGCCAGGGACAACGGCCAGCUCCUCCUGGGGCUCAACUUGACCGCCGAGGGCCACCCACCUCCGAAGAGGACGUCCCUUCCUCCGGAGCCUUACAUCCUGGUCUAUGCCAACGACGCUGCCAUGUCUGAGCCGGACAGCGUGGCGUCUAGCUUUUGGGCACGCCGGGAUGUUGUCACGGGGGCCGCGGCCCAGCUGGACGGCCACAUCGGAGCCACCCUGUCCCUGGAACAGAGGAGGAGGAUGAGGAGGAGGAGGAGGAGGAAGCGCUCUGCGGCCGCCCUGCUGCCCCUGCAGAACAACGAGCUUCCCGGGGCGGAAUAUCACCAGUACACCAGGGACCAGGUCUGGGGCCAGAGGGAGCCUUACAAGGCCCUGCAGACCCAGCCCCCCGAGAAGGGCAGAAGCAGAAAGAAACAGAGGAAGGGCUCCCCCCAAAAGAGUUCCCAGACGCUCCAGUUCGACGAGCACACCCUGAAGAAGGCGAGGAGAAAGCAGUGGACCGAACCCCGAAAUUGCGCCAGGAGGUACCUGAAAGUGGACUUUGCGGACAUCGGCUGGAGCGAGUGGAUCAUCUCCCCCAAGUCCUUCGACGCCUACUACUGCUCCGGCGCCUGCCAGUUCCCUAUGCCCAAGUCUUUGAGGCCAUCCAACCACCGCACCAUCAGAGGCAUAGUGAGAGCGGUGGGCGUCAUCCCCCCGGAUCCCUGAGCCCCCUGCUGUGUCCCGGAAAAGAUGGCUCGCCUCCAGCCAUCUUAUUCUUCGAUGAAAAAGCAGAAUGUCGUGCUUAAAGUCUACUGCCUAACAUAG